ACAAACAUCAGAACUUCAAAAGUUCCUGACCUCAUUCCUGCUGAAAGUCAUGCUCUCUCUCCCACUCUCAAAACCAGCUUCACUCUGUUUCUCUCUUUCCCAUGAACUGUAUAAACACCACAGCCACUCCCAAUCUCAAUUGAGAAGAUUCAAAACCAAAGCCAUACAGAUUUCCAUCCCACCGCAGGUAUCUGACGCCCCACCAGUUAAAACCACCGGAGUCGUCAUCGUCGGAGCGGGGCUUGCCGGUUUAGCCGCUGCAACUCGGCUGAACUCAGAGAACAUCCCCUUCAUCCUUGUGGAAGCCUCGGACGCCGUCGGUGGCCGUGUCCGAACCGACGUCGUCGACGGGUUUUUACUAGACCGAGGGUUUCAGAUCUUCAUCACCGCUUACCCUGAAGCCCAGAGAAUCCUAGACUACCAAGCCCUAGAUCUCCAGAAAUUCUACUCUGGCGCUCUUGUCUAUUACGACGGCCAAUUCCACACUGUCGCAGAUCCGCUGCGACAUUUUCCUGACGCCUUACAGAGCUUGGCGAACCCAAUCGGAACAGUCCUCGACAAAUUGCUUAUCGGAUUGAAGAGAUUUCAGGUCCUCGGUAAAUCUGAGGAAGCGAUAUUGUCCGCAGACGAGGUUCCAAUAAUUGAUUUACUCAAGAAUACGGGGUUUUCUGAUUCUAUCAUUGAUCGCUUCUUCCGGCCGUUCUUCGGAGGGAUCUUUUUUGAUAAAGAACUAGAGACAACAUCUAGAUUAUUCGAUUUCAUCUUCAAAUGUCUUGCUUUAGGCAAUAACACACUUCCCGCUAGAGGAAUCUCUGCAAUUCCGGAGCAAAUCGCAGCAAAGCUUCCCCCUGGUUCGAUUUCUUUGAAUUCAAGGGUCGUCUCGAUCCAAUUCGACGGUUCCGAGGCGAAGCCACCAAGUGUGAAGUUACAGAGCGGUGAGAUCUUGAGGAGCGAGUUAGGAGUGAUUGUUGCGGUAGAAGAACCAGAAGCCAACAAGCUUUUGGCGGGAAAGCUCGCCGUCGAACCAACGGGUAACCGGCCAGCCCGGAGUACCGUCUGCUUGUAUUUCUCAUCAGACCGGGUUCCGGUUCAAGAACCGGUUCUCUUUCUUAAUGGUUCAGGGGAAGGGUUCGUCAACAACAUGUUUUUCGCGACCAAUGUGGCUUCUUCAUAUGGUCCGCCGGGGAAGACGUUAGUAUCGAUCUCAGUUAUCGGAAUGUGUGACAGUGUUUCGGAUGACAAUCUGACGGCUGAGGUAAUCCGGGAGCUCUCGUGUUGGUUUGGGAAUUCCACCGUGGAGUCAUGGAAGCAUUUGAAAACGUAUCGUAUCGGAUUCGCACAACCGAACCAAAGCCCACCAACGGAUCUGAAGAAAAACCCAAAAAUUGGAUCAGGGGUGUAUGUGUGCGGUGAUCACCUCAACUCGGCCACGUUUGAUGGGGCUUUGGUUUCAGGAAGGAGAGCAGCCGAGGCUUUACUGAAGGAUAGAGCAUUGGUUGCAGUGAGAUCUAAUUGACCCUUUUUUU